GCAGAGCUGGAAACUGCCUCAGAUUCUCCCUCUAUUGGAGAGUACUGUCGCAAGGUUGGUUAGAAGUCUCCGGGUUUGCGACCAGACCUCUCGCUUUCCGGCCAAUACAGAGGUUCCUGAAGGCUGGUGGAGGUGGUGAGGCCCCAGGCAGCUUCUGGAACUUCCGGGCAGCACUGGCCAGUGCAAGAUGGACCCUGUAGUCUUGAGUUACAUGGACAGUCUACUGCGGCAAUCAGAUGUCUCACUAUUAGAUCCUCCAAGCUGGCUCAAUGACCAUAUUAUUGGGUUUGCCUUUGAGUACUUUGCCAACAGUCAGUUUCACGACUGCUCUGACAAAGUCUGCUUCAUCAGUCCUGAAGUCACUCAGUUCAUCAAGUGCACUAGCAAUCCAGUAGAGAUCACCAUGUUCCUUGAACCCCUGGACCUCCCCCACAAGCAAGUUGUAUUUUUAGCCAUCAAUGAUAAUUCCAACCAGGCGGCUGGAGGAACGCACUGGAGUUUACUGGUUUAUCUCCAAGAUAAAAAUAGCUUUUUUCAUUAUGAUUCCCAUAGCAGGAGUAACUCAGUCCAUGCAAAGCAGGUAGCUGAGAAACUAGAGACUUUCUUAGGCAGAAAAGGAGGCAAACUGGCCUUUGUGGAAGAGAAAGCCCCUGCUCAACAAAACAGCUAUGACUGUGGGAUGUACGUGAUAUGUAACACUGAAGCCUUGUGUCAGAACUUUUUUAGACAACAACCAGAAUCACUUUUGCAACUACUCACUCCUACAUACAUCACAAAGAAGAGGGAAGAGUGGAAAGAUCUCAUUGCCCGACUUGCUAAAAAUUAGCUGUUGUAUAUUUGUGACUUUUGAAGUCUCUUUCUGCCUGUCCCCAUUUGUUGGAUGUCGAAAUCUCAGUGCCUGAGGGAAGAUGCCUGGCAGAGGCAAGUUUAGGAUUCUUUCUUUUUCCUGAACGAAUGACCUCCUCUGCAUUAUCCUAAUGGAAAGUUUCAUUUUAACCCUAACUUAAGAACUCUAUGUUCUGUGAAAAUGUCUUGAAGUUAUGCACCAAAACCUUAAAACCAAGCUAUUUUAACAUUUAUUAAUUCCUUUUUGGAGGAAAAGGGUGGUCUCCCUUUGCCACAUUGGUUAAUUCCAAAGGAAAAGCAGUGAUCCGUAAAAACAAGAAUAUGU